GCCAGGACGGCAGGUCAUCAAGAUGGAUAGCACAAGGACCAGGGUUCCAGACAAUGCGACACCAAAAGCUUUGGCCCCAUCAAUGGCGAUUUGGUUCGUCGUCUCCAUCUUCGUUCAUCCAUCCACUUCUUGACAAUCUCAAAGCUCCAGCCGUCAGGUCAACUCGAGCGCCUUCAAGUCCAAAGCAUCACCAACAAACACACCAUGACAGAUAGCACCACCGCACCGCCGACCACCAUGCGUGGCUGGCAGAUCAACGCCGCCGGCCCCCUCACCAAGACCUUGCAGCUCAACGCCGCCAUCCCGUACCCGUCGCAGCCGCUCAAGCAGGGCCAGGUGCUGGUGCGCGUGGCCUACGCCAGCAUCAACCCGGCCGACUACAAGUUCCCCGAGCUGGGGCUGGCGGCGCGCGCGGUGCUCAAGCUGCCCAAGACGCUGGCCAUGGACCUGAGCGGGCGCGUGGUGGCGGCCGGGCCCGGGUCGACGCUCGCGCCGGGCGCCCGCGUCGUCGGCCGCGUCGACCCGCUGCAGUCGGCCGGCGGCGGCCUGGCCGAGUACGUGGUGCUGGAGCGCGACGGCUGCGCGCCCGUCGCCGACUCGGUCCCGCUCGACCAGGCCGCGGGCGCCGGGACGGCGGGGCUGACGGCGCUGCAGAGCAUCGUGCCGAAUAUUGUUGUCGGCGAGGGCGAGGGCAAGGCGGCGGCGGCGGCGGCGGCCCCGCGCGUCUUUCUGAACGGCGGCACCGGCGGCACGGGCACGUUUGCGAUACAGGUGGCAAAGGCGGCGGGCUGCCACGUCACGGUGUCGUGCUCGACGGCCAAGGUGGAUCUGUGCAAGGGGCUGGGGGCCGACGAAGUUGUCGACUACAAGACGACGGACCUGGUCAAGCACCUGCAGGACCAGGGGCCCGUGUACGACCUGGCGGUUGACUAUGUGGGCACCCCCUCCACCUUGUACAAGGCCGCCGACGUCUACCUCAAGCCGGCGGCCAAGUUCGUCAUGGUGGCAGGCGCCCCUGGGCUCGCCGGCGUCUUGGGCACCACGCGCAACAUCCUGCUCCCGGGCUUCCUGGGCGGCGGCAAGCACAAGUUCGAUGUCUACAUGACCAAGAACAGGCACGACGAUCUGGCGCGGCUGGCCAAGUGGAUGGGGGAGGGCAAGGUCAAGACGGUGGUGCACAAGGUGUACCCGUUUGAGGAGACGCCGCAGGCUUUUGAGGAGCUCAAGAAGGGCGCGGCGACGGGCAAGAUUGUGAUUAGGGUGGGCGAGGAGGCUUAAAUUUUGGUUGGUUCAUGGUAUAUAUAUGUAUGUCUGUCCCUUGCGUACAGCAGUAGUAAAUUGGCGAUGCAUGAUCAGCGCCUUUAUUUGCGCAACUACAUAUUUACUAUUCCCA